UGCAGGGCACUUUUGCGGAAAACGCCAGCUUUGACUCCAUCCGCUGCGCCAAGGCAGCAGAACUGGGCUGGUUCGUGGAAGGGCGGCGUUCCGCCGGCCCCCUCUCUUCCCUCCCCAACUCCCAGAAGGUGCGUGAGCUACUGUUCACCCCUGAUCUAACCAGACAGGUCGCACACAGUGCCAUUAGGAGCCCUCCCCCACCCCGCCCCCCCCACAUGUGUAAACCAUGGAGCUCCUCUCUAGAAUCGCCGCGGUGGCGCUUUGCGGAGAUGGCGAAGUGUGUCUCAUUCGUGGUUGAGCCAACCCUGUCACGAUGACAUGGGAAAAAGCCUCACCAACAAUGGUGUCAUUCGAGAAAUUACCUGAAUUAGAGCCAUCGCCUGGAAGUAGGGUUAACCUGCCUUCUCCCUCGGGCGGGAGUCUGCGGUCCCGGGUACCCUUUCGUGACUCACUCGUUGCAAAUGUAAACGCCCGAGCGCGCGGUAGGUCCCGCCGGGCCCCCCUCGCGCCGCGAUCCCCACACCUACCUCCGCCACCAGCCCAGACGCCGCCCGCCCCCCGCGCGCCGCGCACCCGGGACAGCCCGGAGCCCGCGGCGACCGCAGGCGCGGCCUUAAAACAAAAGAGGCGCCCCGGGAGGGUGGGACCCGGACCUCACCCCCUCCUCGCCCGGCGGUGGCCGCCCGCCCCCUCAGCCCCUGCUCUCGGUGUGCGCAUGAGCGGAGGCACCUCCCCCGGUUCCUCCCAAGGCUAAACUUUCUAAUUCCCUUCUUUGGGCU